AAUUUUUAAAACGUGUGAAAGGGAGCACUUGUUGCAUACCUGCCCCUGGUAGGGUGGGGUAGAUAGGUGGAGUUUGUCCCACACUUGAAAUAAAAGCUUACCUACAGGUAGCCAAGAACUCAUUGAAUAAGCUUUUUUCCUUCUCUCUCCUUUUUGUUCUCACAAAAUGUCCUAAAUAUCAUUGUGCCAAAGAGGACAAAGAGGAGAGGACAUUGUGGAACUCUCAGGAAGUUUUUUUACAGCAGGUUCACAUUGCAGAUUAUAACUACUGAGAGCAAAUGAAGACACACCUGAGAAGGCAUCAACACUGAACUCCCACUGCUUGCAAUGCAAAUAGGGUGACAACAAAGUGGAAACUACAGAGAACACACUUAAGACCAAGAUGACCACCAAGAAGGCAGAUGUCCAACGGAGGAUCAUCUCCAAGAAUGGGCACAACCAAGUGCGCAUUGACAACGUGGAGGGCAUGGUGAAGAUCUACCUCCACGACAUCUGGACCACGGUGGUGGACAUGAAGUGGCGCUAUAAGCUCACCCUCUUCUCCUCCACUUUCAUAAUGACCUGGUUCCUCUUUGGCGUCAUCUUCUACUUUAUUGGCAUGGGCAACGGUGACUUCGAGGGUGAGUUGCUGUCCAACCACACGCCCUGUGUCAUGAACGUCGCGACCCUAACCGGUGCAUUCCUCUUUUCCCUGGAGUCGCAGACCACCAUUGGCUACGGCUUCCGCUACAUCACCGACGAGUGUCCGCUGGCCAUCUUCGUCCUGCUGGUCCAGCUGGUCACCACGGGCCUGGCUGAGAUCUUUGUAACCGGGGCCUUUCUGGCCAAGCUGGCGCGACCCAAAAAGCGGGCCGAGACCAUCAAGUUCAGCCAGUUGGCAGUGAUCUGCCGCCACAAUGGUAAACUAUGUCUGAUGGUGCGUGUGGCCAACUUGAGGAAGAGCCUGCUGAUCCAGGUCCAGCUGAUGGGCAAGCUGCUCUCACCCAAUGUGACUGAGGAGGGCGAAAAGACUCUGAUCCGCCAGACGGCUGUGGACUUCUACAUAGACUCGUGCGGGGAGUGCCCCUUCCUAAUCCUGCCCCUCACAUUCUACCACGUGCUGGAUGAGAGUAGCCCCCUGGCGGGGCUGACUGCCGAGAGGUUGCGGACGCGUGACUUUGAGUUGCUGGUCACCCUUAAUGCCACCAUGGAGUCCACGGCAGCCACUUGUCAGAGCCGCACCUCGUACGUUCCCCAGGAGAUCCUGUGGGACUACAAGUUCAAGCCUGUGCUCUUCAGCACCCCUGGUGGCCAGUACGUGGCCGACUUUAACUUCUUUGACAAGGUGCAGGUGAGCAGCGACCCUACACUCCCCAGCAACAACAAAGAUAAGCUGAAACUAGAGGAGUACAAGAAGGAAUAAGAGGUCCCUCAAACAUGUUGGACACUGGUAAUAAACAUGACCCACAGUUACUGUCUGGAAACAAUUUGUAAACACGCAUUACGGAAAUAUAUCUGUUUUUAUUUCAUAUAACUGCUAAACCCAAUACGCAUGAGUGAAUGAUGACACUUUUAGGCAAAUAAACUCAUGUUCAACAUGAUCAGUAUUUAUCUGGACAGAGUAAAUUCAGGUGCAGUAUAUAACUAGCACAUCGUUUGGAUCCACAAGCCAUAUAAUAGGAGAAUAUGGACAUACAGGCAAAACAAGGACUGGGUCUCAGGUGCCAGUGUUUGAGUGGAACUGUAGCAGCAACUAUUGCUGUACUAGAAAUAUUUGACCUGUACAUAAGAUUUCAUGAAAGAAGAUUCAAGAUGUUGUUUCUUUGUAUCACUCAAGUUGGAUAUUUUAAUAUAUUAUACAAAUUUCACACUAAGAGCAGAUGGGGAUAGAACAAAACUUUUUUAGUGUGUAGCGCUUAAGAGCUGUGUUUUUUCUGUCUAUGAAUAAACCAUUGACUUUGAAGAAGAGAUGUUUCAUAUGCCAUUAUGAGAUUGAAGGGAUGUUUUUAUCCCCCUUCCCAUUACCCCCAUCCCACACUGCUCUACUCCUCAUCUCUUAGGGUCGCGCCAAUUAAGGGCUCUACUCAAUCCGUAUCGCAAAAGUUCCAAGUUACAGCGUGAUUGAAUUUGAAAGGCAAUGGAGACUGCAUUCACGGCAAACGCUUCAUUUGUCGGCUCAAUCGGAAAUGACCUUUACAUUUCUAUUGUGCAAUCUUCAAUGCUUCAGCGAUACAGAUUGAAUCGAACCCGAGGUCUGUCGUUUGGUUGUUGGCACACACUGAACGUUUUGGGUCAAAACAAUGGGAGCAACUUCUCUUUACUGUAUGCAGACAGAGCACAAUAACACACAAUCUUUGACCUUCCAAGACAAGAGAGGACAGCACUUUGGUUGAAAAUACUUUAUUAGAAAUUACACUGUAGAAAAUCUAUCAAAGUAUAUGAUUUUUAUCGUCCCUUUAGUCAACAAUCUCAGUAUCUCAGUCCUGUUUCUCAGUUUACAAGGCUGCCAGUUUAUAGGUGUCCUACCCAAGCCUGCAUCCCAUAAAAUAAUACUGAACAGGUCUGAAAUGCCUUGCCUGGCCAACACAAUCCGUUUUAGAUGAGUAUAUAUAGUUUAUGUUGUAAACUGUUUACAGAGAUUAAAGUUCAAAGGCAACAAUA